CUUGUUGAAGUUCAUUCUCAGUUCGUCUCUCGUCCGGACAUGUUGUGAGUGAUCGUAAUGAAUUGAAAAGUUGUUCUCCGUUCUGUUAUCCUCCUUGUUUGGAUAUUUCGUUCUGUGGUGGAAUUUACUGCUGACAUCCAUCGUAUGGUGGGCGAGGAUUCGUGUGCACUGCAGACAACCGAAGAGACGACGUUGCCUGUGAGUGAGGGUCCAGUGCCUGUGGACGAGAGGAACCCGUUGUGCCCCGGGACCCCCGAUGCCCCGACAGCCGGCUCAACUCAAGUCUCUCCACCCGACCGAGAUGUCCAAGAAUCGGACACAGUUGCACUUGAUUUGCUGGAACAUUCAUCCGAAAUGCUGAAGCAUCAACUACUUCGCGACGAACAAAACGUUCGCUACUCUUCCUCUUACCGAGAGGAAUUCGAUAAAGUAACUGACCAAGUGGAUCAGGAUUCACUUGUGAACAAACAUCAUUCUUCCGGUUGCGACGAUUCGGGAGUGUUCCUGGAAGAACCAUUUACAUCCUCUCCCGAGACCCAGGCGAAAUCGGCCUUAGCCCGUCUCCAGAAUAGUUUGCAGAAGUUCGCCGACGACCCCGCAAAGAUGCGACAAUAUUCAAUACACGAAGGUCUCGACUCGGAUGCCGAGAAAAGCGAUGAUUUGGGAUUGGCUUCAUCGUCCAUCGAUUCUGCAGAUGAUUUGGAUGGUGAUCCUUUACCGUCAACUUUGCAAAUAGUCACGUGCCCUCCAGUUGUGCCUACUAGACAGAAACCUCCUCCCAUUCCCGCAAGAAAAUCAAAAUUCAUUGAUCAGCAGAAAAACAAUAAAGUUACAGCCCUUGAAGUUCCUAAGCAGAGGAAAAUACCUCUGAGUAAAAGUUCCAGCUCAGAAGCGGAUUCGAAUUUCGGUGAAGGUGAACCUUCUCCGAAUGAAGAUCUCAUAGCUCCCAGUACUAUCAGCGAAAAUUCAAAAAAUAUUUUGAAUUUGCAGAAAAGCGAGCAGUCGCGUAAUAAUUUUGCCAUGACUCGAUCAUUUCACGAAGAGAUGCUUGUAAACCAGCAAAAGGAAUUGAAUUAUACCCAUGACUCUAAGACGAAUUUCCUAGCUCGUACUCUUAGUUCUUCCCCUUCCGUGAAGAAACUAGAUGUAAUCAGUGGAACUAACCGGAGAAAUAGCGAACAAGCUUCUAGUCUGAAGUGGAAAAGUGAAGAAUGCUUAAGGACAGCUGCAGAAGCUAAAUGGUCUCUACCAGGACGUCGAUAUGAAAAAUCUGUAAGUGUGAAAGAUAGAAUAGCUAUGUUUUCGGAAAUGGAGGCGAGUCAAAACAGUGGCAAAAGAGAUCUUCAGCGUUAUGGUAGUGAAAAUAACAUCAAAACUGUAACACUUAGCGUCGAAAAUAAGAAAAUCGAGCAUACGCCGGCCGAAAAUCAUAAGUUUGAUAAUCUUCGGGAUUCAAAAUGGCAUAGCAUGCACAGCAUUGCCAAGAAAUGUGCGGAUAAAGAAAUCCCAUAUUCCAGUAUGAAGCCCGCUUUGAGCAUACCAUCUUUAGCGUCGAAUUCUGUGACGGAUAAUAUGUGCUAUUCUACUCUUCCUGUAAAACUAGACGUAGAACCUCCCAAGCCUAUUAUUUCCACAUACCCAGAGACUCAACUUACCAACAAUAAAAGGUAUAACUACGGACUUUAUAGCCUCAAAAAUCUUAAAAAUACAGAAGACUUAUUGAGCAAAAAAGCGGCGGGCUCUAACCUACUCUCUAUUAUUGAUCGAAAGCAGCCGCUGCAAAAGCUAAAAGGUCUGGUCAUUCCUGAUAAACCCAUGCAGCCAAACAGCACAAAGGAGCUACCUACUAUUGUAAGCAGUGAUACAGAUGGUUUGAAAGAUUCAAGGCGAGCCUCACUUCCAGUUACGGUUGUAACUUCGUGUAAAACGAUGUCUCUUCCCAGAAAUAAAAAACUGGAAUGCCCCCCACCUGUACAGCGACAAAAAUCUUUGUCAGAACCUCCUUGGAAGAGUGAAAGUAAUAAUAAUAAUUGUAAUAUUCUGCCAAAGUAUUCUCCUGCAUUCAAAAAGAGAAGUUUGGAACUGCCAGGAUCAUCUUUGUCGCCGACUCCACCAUCUUCCAUUACCAGUCCUUUAUCACCGCCGCCGUCAUCUCCAUCGAGCAUCUGCAGUUCCAACGCAAGUUCGACGUUGCAGCAAAACAUAUUUCAGUUUUCACUUUCACACAGCAAACCAGUUCAGCCGUUGCAGCCAGAAAAAGCUCUGAUGUCACCUCCAUCUAUCUCCUCAGAUGUGGAGUACGAAGGCGAUAACUCCGAAGAUUCAUCGCAUUCUGCCUCUCCUAUGAGGAAUGUUCCUCGAGAAUCCAAAGACACCUUGCCGUAUUCUCAGACGAACAGCUCCGGUGUCGUACUUUAUGGAAAAUCAAAUGCCUUUACGAGUAACGCCAGAAAUGUCUCUCAUCAACCACUUUUGGUUGAAAGCAUUGGAAAGACGUCGAAGUUACCUGAUGUGGAACAUCCGAAAACGACACCAGCUAUUUAUGUAUCUAAGACCGAAAUUCGAUUAAAACAUGAUGAAUCAAAGAUUGAAAUUUCUGCAAAUGCCAAAGACCUUUCUCUGAAAGUAGAAACUGAAAAUAAUGAAAAACAAAAUGGCCGUACUCCAUCUCCUUACGCAGUAUCAGACAAUAAUAAUGCUCCAUUGAACGAAGGCUACUUAUCUGAAGCAAGUCUGAAUUACUUACCAGAAGGAUUGCCAAAUUUUGCGGAAAAGAAAAAUGAUAUCUUUACAACAACAGAAAGUUUAAACAAAUUUAGUAUCAGCAACGGAACUGCAAGAAACGGCGCAUCAAAGAAAUGCCAGAAUUAUUCAGAUACAGAAUUGGAAAAUAAAGAAUUUAAUGCUGAAAACUUAGAAAUUCCAGUUGGGAAAUUCCGUGCAUUGCCUCUUAGCUUUAAAGAAUCCCAAACGAAGGAAACAACGAUCAAUGGAUCUUCUAAUGUGAAAAAAGAAGAAAGCACCAUAUGGACUGCGGCACGGUCUCUGAACUCUGAAUGCGACGAAAGUGAAGACGACGAUUCGCAUUCUACUUUAAGCCACAGAACGGAAGAUUCUCGGCACACGACUACAGAUGACUGUUUGUCUGAUGCUACCACGGAUUCAUUCGAAAAAACUCAGCUUGCCUCCGAGACAUGUAAUUUAAAUAAAUUGAAUGAAGAUUGUGCUUCAACGGAAGGAUACUUAUCGGAUGCAUCAACUGAUGUUUCCUUGCGAAGAUUUACUAACCGCCAGGCAGAAUCAAUCACCUAUUCUACCGAAGAAUAUCUCUCAGAUGCAACUACUGAAUCUCCAGAUCCAGAUUGGAUUUCGAACAGGGGUUUCAUGGUAGAACAACUGCCUGAUUCGAAUUACAGGAGUUAUGUGAAAACCGAGAAAAAUGAAUCUAGCAAAAGUGCUUCUGGCGUGCACAGAGAGUCAGAAGGUUCGAAUACUGCAGAGAGGAACGUAAAUCUCGAUUUACGACCACGGCGCUUGAGCCAACAGAAGACUGUUCUUAAAGCAGCCACGGAGCCUUCCGGAAGUGUGCAAAAAUUCAAAGCAUUAGCCAAGAAAUGGGAACAGAGAUCGGAUGUGACUUCUCCUCCUCCACCCCCCACGGUCGGUCCAAUGGGCGUCAAGAAAGAACUGAGAACGAACACCAUAGCAGCUGCAAUACUUACCACUACUAACACAAGCACAGUGAUCAAAGGUAGAAGCAGCCUACCGCCAUCUCUGAUGCCACGAAAUGCCACCCUUGGAGAAGAAAACUUCAUCCUCAUCCACACAUUCUUCAAAAGAGUCUCACCAUUCCUUGCUGGAUGGAGAAUGGGCUGGAGUACGUUCCACGUCCUCAAAAAUCAUCAUCCCUUUAAUGAGUUAAAGGUGGCAGCAGUGAAUGGCACUGAAGUGAAGGAGAGUGCGUCCGUUUUUGGCUCUCUCCGAGAUGAGACUUGCAUUGUAACAAAUGCCACUGAGGUGAGGACAGAAAUGAAGAACAUGAUAGCAGCAACUGCUGCUCGAAUAAAAGAAAUCAUUGCCUCUGUUAAAGAGGAAAUUGCAAAUGCUGUCUGUCAUGUUGAACCAACGGGCAGACGGGACAGCACGAGCAGCAGUAGCAGUUCUAGCAAAACAACUCUCAAAGAAGAAGACAGAUUUGAAUCUCCACCGUUGGUUCCUGACUCAGAUAUUUCAGAAUCUGUAGACUCACCAGCUUCGAGUUUUAAUAUGCUUUCAACGAGUCUGCAGCCCAAACAGUCUACAAAAUCCCAACCCACAACAGACUGGUCGAGGCCAUCCUUUGGAUCAAAAGCCAGUUUUAGUGUUAGUGAUAUUCGCCGGAGUUUUGAGAAUGGAAGCAAAGACAGCAGCAAGCCUCUUCCAUCCAAGAAAGUACCGCCAAUAGCUAUUCGACACUCACUACCUGUAGCUCCUAGAAGAACUUCCACUUCUGACAGGUUAGAGGAAGAAAAUGAUCUGCAGAGGUUGAUAGAAGAGGCACGGAGCCAACUGCUCGAAGACGAGGCUGCACAGUUGGACCUGCUAGGAGUCAUCUUGAGAAGAGAAGGUGAAGGUGGAGGCAGCGUUGGUAUCACUUUGGCUGGAGGAGCUGAUUAUGAAGUCAAAGAAAUAACGGUGCAUAAAGUCAUAGCAGGCAGCAUAGCUGAUAGGGAUGGUAACAUUUUGAAAGGAGAUCGAGUCAUGUCCAUUAAUGGCAGAGAUCUUCGUGGAGUGAGCCAUGGUGAGGCAUUGCAUAUUUUGAAAUCACCAAGUCCUCGUGUCCUACUCAUUCUUGCAAGACCAAAAGAAACUGUAUCAACUAUUCAAAAAGAAAUUGAUGAAAAAGAAAGGAGAAGGAAAGAUUAUAAUGUCAAUAGAGAUUCAGAAGUUUUUAUUGUGGAGAUACAGAAGGAUGCCACAGGUGUUGGUUUUAGCAUUGAAGGAGGAAAGGAUUCCCCUCAGGGUGACAGACCUCUUCUUGUCAAAAGGAUAUUUAAAGGUGGUGCUGCAGAUAAGGAGGGCAAACUGGAAGAAGGUGAUGAGAUUUUAGCCAUCAACAACCAUCCGGUUAACAAUAUGACAAGGACAGAAGCUUGGAACUUCUUAAAGAAAUUGCCCGAGGGUCCAAUCUUCUUGAAUACUAAGAAAGUCAACUUAUUAUCUUAACAUUAUGUGUGCUUAGUGGGAAAAUCCUCAUUCCAUUCCAAGACCAUGACGACACGUGUGUAAAUUUAAUUUUUUAUGUGACAGUUCAUGUUUUGGAAGUUGACUCCAAUGGAGAGAAGAUCUGAGUGUAAAUGUGUAAUAUGCUAUGUUGUAAAGAUGCAGACAAUGGAUUUGAUCAUGUCAGUUACUGUCAAAACAUUAUCCAACUAUUUCCGUAACUUGUAGAGUAUUCUAAACAAAAGAUACUUCCAAACAAACUUCAUUUACUUUAAAGAAAUUCAAGCAAAACUAGAGUGCAUUUAUUAUAGUUAUUUUCAGAUGAGAAUUUUCUUCCAUUGUGCCUUAUAGUGACUUUGCGACAUAGCAACAGUUUUUAUGACAUGUGUUUCGUGAUAAAGCUCUUUCAUCAUAACAGUUUCUGUUACUGAUGUUAGCAUUGUGCCUUAAAUAUAUGAUUAAUGGCAAUUUUUACUUGAAAUUUAAAACUUAAAUUGACUGAAACUUUUCCUUUUAUGAUAGUGUGUAAUAGGUAUUUCCACUUUUUUGCUGUCACUGAUAAAACGAUACAAGUCAGAAUUUGAUUUGAUGAGGUCGCAAAAUAAAGUUUAUUGGCUGAAAGUAAAUAGAAGAUUUUCAUGUCAAGUCAUCCUAAGCUAUCUUUAAAGAAACUGAUUUUUACAACUCUGUAUUGUUUUUGUAUACAGUCACUAGUAUGAAGAAAACUGAACUACUUUAGGAAUUUGCUUCAUUGAAAUUUAUCAUUGAGUCAUGUUAGAACUAUAAUUUGUAUGUGCAAGUUUUGUGCCAAUUAUUUUUGUCAGCCUUUGUACCAUAAGAACAUUUUUUCCCAAAAUCAAAAGAUAGAAUUCUCGGUCAAUGCUAAGUACUUUUAUUUUUAGUGAUGAGAUUCUUUUGCUGAAUUGUCUUUUUCCAGUGGAUUUCUGUUUUGAAGCUUUCCUUUUUUUUUUUUUUUUUUCCCCUUCCCCUCUGUGCUGCUGUUGAAAAUUUCUGCCUGUAUUAAAAAUUAUAUAAGAGGAAAGGGAAAAGUAUUUACAAAGUGUUUAUGUAUAUUUAUACAAUUGCUUCUUUUGUAAUGAAAUUCUAAAAUAUUUUUAAAUAUGACAUUUGAUUCAUUUUUCUAAAUUGGUGAUAUUUAUUGAAGUAUAAUAACAAUUUGUUGUCAUUAUUUAUUCUGUUUUUAGUACUGCUUUGUUUUUUUAUUGUAUUUAAAAUACAGCUUAUUAAAUAUUGUUAUAAUUAUAUAGAACUUGGAAAAAAAGUUAUUUUUCUGUAUUCUCCUUGAGUUAAGGAAACUAAUUUGUUUUGAUCUUUAAAAUUGCUGAAUGUGUAGCUGAAUCCUAAUUAUAAUAUAACCAAGAAAAAAAGGGGGCAAAGAAUUGGAAAUCACUGUGAAAUAUAACAGAUUUACGGCAGCUAGCAGAGAUUUUCAAUGAGCUGAUUUGAUAUUGCACUUUUAAGGAGACUGAGCAGAUUUUGUUGGUAGUAGUCAAGAUUAUCCUUUUGAUAAAGUGGAAUAACACUUAUUUUUAUAGUUGUACAUUUUCACAAAUUGUCCUAUCUUAACAGAAUUUAUUAAUUUCUAUGACAGCUGCAUUAAACAAAGUUCUUUCUUUAUAACUGAGAUUACUGAAAUAUCAUUUAGCAUUUUGUUUAGAAAAAAAUUAAGAUACACAGGGUCAUUCUUGUUUGAUAAAGCGGGCAUCGUGCAAUUCGUUUCCGUUUGAAGUUAAAUUGCUUUUAAUAUGACUUAAUUCAAUUUAUAAUAAUUAAUAAUAUUUGAUCGCCGUUUUCUUCUCACUUGCUACUAAGAAUCAAUUGAUGACACUUUAGUGGAAUCUUGAUAGAAUUUUCCUAAAAUAAAUGCAAUUAUUUAAAUAUAAAAACUGUUUUAACGUAUUGCAAAAAGGUAAACAGAAGUUAUUUGAAGAAUAAUAACUGAAGAUAAUGCAAGGGGGAAUAAUAGUAGCAGGUGUCUAUAGUAUCUAUAGUGCAAUCAGUAUGGCAAUUAAGCACACAUUUCAGAAAAUCCCCCCACACACACACACACCUCAAGUGCCUGAUCAUUCCUAAUGCAUUAACUGCUCAGUUUUCCUGCUUUGCAAGAUAGGUUUUCUGUGAUAUUCCAGUCAGCAAAACUCUUUAUUUGCUGCUCUGGCAGCUGCAAUUUCCUCACAAUCUACUUUUACAGACUGUUUUUAAUGAUGGUCACUAUGGGGAAUUUGGGCAGCAGCAGCUUACGUUUUCUGUGACUUGUUUAUAUAUAGAUGAAUAAUUAUAUAUAUAUAUAUAUAUUGAGGAAAUACAGUUUGUAUCCUUAUUUACAAAAAAUAAAAUAUUUUUCAUUAAUGUUAUUCUAA